AAAAAUUACACGUAGUUGGAAAAACCAUCCAUUGUUAUCCAUUGUUGACGGUGAAAAAUGGACAGGAAGAUAGAACAAAAGGACAUAAAAAUUGCCUCUAAAACUGAAGAUUUUACAUUAAAACUCCGUUUAUUUGGCCAUGGUCAUGACGAUUGGACAGACCGAUUCAACAACACUAUCGUUCCCUUCUUUCUGAUUGUGUUCGCAGUAUUUACAGGGGCCGAGCACCACCUCUCAGGCCCCCCGAUCCACUGCUGGUGUCCGGCGGAAUUUACCGACUGGUAUGUCGAAUACGUGAACUAUCUCUGCUGGAUCCGGAAUACGUAUUAUUCACCACUGAACCACCCGAUCACAGAAGAAGCUCGGGAAAAUGAGAUUGUGUAUUACCAAUGGGUUCCGAUCAUGUUGGUCAUCAUGGCCCUUCUUUUUAAGAUUCCUAGCAUUCUCUGGAGGCUUUUUCACAAAAGUUCUGGAAUUCAGUUGGAUAUGAUUUCUCAAAGGGCAGCUGAUACCCAAACUAUGAGCUGGGACGAACGUAACAAAACCGUAAAAAAUAUAGCACACAUCUUUCAAAGAUGGGAGAGGAUUCGCAUUUCUCUGAAUAAAAAACCUAUGUUUCUAGAGAGAUUGACGUCAAAACGGUCAGGGAAUUACCUUGCUAGCCUUUAUAUCAUAAAGAAAUGUCUUUACUGUGCAAAUGCAAUUGGACAAUUUUUCCUACUAGACGAAUUUUUGGGACACGAUUUUUACCUUCAAUAUGGUCGGGAUAUUUUUGAUGAUACUGUUAGAAAUGGCACUGUGAGUUUAGCGCGUUUUCCAAGAGUAACAAUGUGUGAUGUACACAUACGCCAACUUCAGAACUUGCUGCGUUGGACCGUACAAUGUGUACUACCUCUGAAUAUGUAUAACGAGAAAAUCUUUGUGUUCCUGUGGUUCCUUUGUGGUGUGGUCUCCUUUCUGACUUGCACAAGUCUUUUGAUUUGGAUAUGGCGCCUCGCGAUACCUCGAAACAGGAUUGCCUACAUCAAGAAGUUUCUAGUAAAUUGUGAAGGGAACAGUAAAGAUCCACGAAAUGAUAAACACAUCCAAAGUUUUAUUCAGAAGGAACUUCGUCUGGACGGAAUAUUUGCUUUGUGGAUGAUGGAGCGGAAUACAGGAGGGGUGUUUGUAAAUGAUUUGGUUAAAGAACUGUGGAAUAUGUAUGAUAAGUAAAAUGACAAGAAAAAACGCUCAUAAAAAAACAUUGUAUAUAUUAUAUUUUUGCAUUGCAUGCAAACAUGAACAAAUUUUAUAUCAGCUUUCUAUAGAAAGACAGAAAAUUGUUUGAUUAUUGUAUCAUUGGUUUUACUUUUCUGAAUGAAAGUGCUUGAAUUCAAUUCGCUAAAAUAAUCCUCCGCGGAGAGAGAUGAGGGUGGUUAUUGCUUAUAACAGGACAGUCAUUCUU